AUGUUCGACAUGGAAUCGAAAAUACCGAAACCAUCGUUCCUUAAGAAACCUACAGGACCGCUCAGUUUACCGGGCAAUGCUCGUCUACCGUUAAGCAGAGAUCUGCUAAAUCUUCCGUCAGCAAAUUCAACGAUGUUUGUGAAAAUGCGUGCCAACUCGCCGGUCACCAAAAGCAAUGCAGGUGCCCUGAAUCGAACCAAACUUCGCCGCAGCCGAUCGGCAACCGAUCUGAACCGGCCAGAUUUUCACCGUCCCAAAUACGUGUCAACUCUGGCGGGAAUUCCUUCGAAGGGAGAAAACAUUAAUGCCGCCACGAUAGCGAUGAUGGCAAACAGCGACCUCAUUAAACCACUGACCAUCACAAACGGUGCUCGAUCUGGAAUGCACCAUCUCCGGAGAAGUCGGUCGGCUUGCGACAUCGCCGUGAAAUCGAAUGUCUCUACCGUGUCGUCGACAAACUCAUCCUCGGCUAGUGGGAUAUCAUCGCUGGCCGGAACUAAACGGCAACCGCUACCGGUACCCGUAGUCUCCCGUACCGGUGUACCAGCAAAAGUUGCCAAGAUGACUUCCGUGCCUCCGAAACUGAAGGCUGGAACGUUUCCCAAACCGUUAUCACAGAAGGCGGCCAGCAACACCAUAUCUGUUGCUAUGACUGCAUCGAAGAAGGCAGUUCCAAGUGCAAAAACCACCACUGGCGCCAAAACCGGUAGUGCUGCGUCGAUUGUUAAAACGACUGGCUCGGAUGCAUCGAAAGUUGGCGGGGUCGGAGCGAAAUUGGCUGGUAAAACGAUGAACAAACGCAUCCCACCGUACGAUUAUAAGGCGCGUUUUGCUAACCUUCAAGAAAAGCACAAGGCGUUGGUUGAGAAGCACGAGAAACUACUGAACACAAAUGCCAGCCGGGAAACGCUACAGGAGCUGUACGAUCAGUGCAGCAGAGAGCUCCAGGUAUUGAAACAGCAACACGUGGAGGUACAGGCGGAUUUGCGUGCGUCUCGUGAGAGUUGCGAUGAACUAAAGCAAAGCACUUUGACGCUUUCCACCGCCCUAGAGCAAACGGAAACAGAUUUGAGGAAUUAUCGGGAAAAAUUCACUGUCACAAAUCAGGAAAAUGUUGAACUCCGGAAGCAGUUGAAAGAAAUUGAGGAACGGGCAGCCUUUCUGGAGGAGGAAAACGUUACGUUGCAGGACGUGAACCAGCGCAAUGCCGAGCUGCUGUUCCAAGCCAAUAUCGAGCGGAAAGACCUUCACAACAUGGUCAUGGAUCUGCGUGGUAACAUACGCGUGUUUUGUCGCGUGAGGCCUCCGCUGCCCUCGGAGAGUCACAGAAUCGAGUGUGGCUGGAAGUAUCUGGACGAGCAGUCGAUCGAGCUAAUUGCGAUGGACAAUUCCAGCAAGCGGAUGGACUUUAGCUUCGACCAUGUGUUCCAUCCACGUACGACCCAGCAAGACAUUUUCGACAACGUGUCGCCCCUGAUACAGUCGGCCCUGGACGGGUACAAUGUUUGCAUAUUUGCCUAUGGCCAGACAGGAAGUGGUAAGACAUACACCAUGGAUGGUGUCUCGGAUAGUUUGGGAGUCAUCCCGCGCACCAUCGAUCUAAUCUUCAAUGCUGUGAACGAUUACAAGCGUUUCGGAUGGGAGUACGAGAUUCGAGUGACAUUCCUAGAGAUCUAUAAUGAGAUACUGUACGAUCUGCUGGACACAUCCGGAACAACGAAAGAUUUGGAGAUUCGCAUGGCCAAUGCCAAGAACAAAACGGAGGUGUACGUGUCGAACAUAAUCGAGGAAACGGUCGAAUCCACCGGUCGAUUACACCAGUUGAUGAACAUUGCAAAAAUGAACCGUGCCACGGCUGCUACGGCUGGGAACGAGCGGUCCUCGCGGUCACAUGCGGUGACGAAAAUAACACUGCUUGGAACGCAUGCAGAAAAGUGUGAAACGUGCAUCGGUUCGGUGAAUCUAGUCGAUCUGGCCGGAUCCGAGAGUCCAAAAACGAGCACACGGAUGGACGAGACUAAGAACAUAAACCGAUCGCUGAGCGAGCUGAGUAACGUCAUACUAGCGCUGGUGCAACGAAAUGAGCACAUUCCGUACCGAAAUUCGAAGCUGACUCACCUGCUGAUGCCCAGUCUCGGAGGGAACUCGAAAACACUGAUGUUCGUCAAUGUGGCUCCGUUUCAGGAUUGCUUUACGGAAACGGUAAAAUCCCUUCGCUUCGCAUCGCAAGUGAACUCGUGUAAAAUGCAGAAAGUGAAGAAAAAUAAGGUUCUCAACAGCUUCGCGGGUGUUUAA